AUGAACUACCUGGUGAGUCAGCGAGCGCAGGGCCAGCGGGGCAGAAACAUGAACAUUUUACGCUCAACAGUCGUCCUUUCUUAUCCUCCACCCGCCCCGCCCCACCCGCCCCACCCGGCCCACCCAUCUCACCCGCUCCACCCGCCCCACCCAUCUCACCCGCUCCACCCGCCCCACCCGGCCCACCCAUCUCACCUGCUCCACCCGCCCCACCCGCCCCACCCAUCUCACCCGCUCCACCCGCACCACCCAUCUCACCCACCCGCACCACCCAUCUCACCCACCCUCCCCACCCGCCCCACCCAUCUCACCCGCCCCACCAGCCCCACCCAUCUCACCCGCCCCACCCAUCUCACCCGCACCACCCGCCCCACCCGCCCCACCCGCACCACCCAUCUCACCCGCCCCACCCGCCCCACCUGCACCACCCAUCUCACCCGCCCCACCCGCACCACCUGCACCACCCAUCUCACCCGCUCCACCCGCCCCAACUGCACCACCCAUCUCACCCGCCCCACCCGCCCCACCCAUCUCACCCGCCCCACCCAUCUCACCUGCCCCCCUCGCCCCACCCGCCCCACCCAUCUCACCCGCCCCACCCGCCCCACCUGCCCCACCCAUCUCACCCGCCCCACCCAUCUCACCCGCCCCACCCAUCUCACCCGCCCCACCCGCCUCACCCAUCUCACCCGCCCCACCCACCCCACCUGCACCACCUACUCCAAUUAA